AUGACCAACUCCCUUUCUAUCGCUACCUGCGCCAUCUACUCGGUGUUUAUAAUCCCUGUCUUAUAUCUUCUCAUCCGACACGGUCGCUUCGGCCUCCUAGGCUGGCUCUUCUUAUUUCUGUUCUGUACGCUGCGUAUUAUCGGUGGAGCCCUCGCAAUCCAUGAUGCUGGUGCCGCCGCCAAUAUCAUAUCCAGCGUCGGUCUUUCUCCUCUUCUCCUCGCCACAGCCGGUCUUUUACACGAGGGUCGAGAAUUCCGAAUUCAACACCUUGACAAAAAAAUGGAAUGGGUGUCGGCACUCGCCUACCACAUGCUCGUUGUUGCAGGCGUGGCGCUUACGGCCGCCGGUUCUGCAAAGCUUCAGGCACACCAGGAACCGAUUGACAAGGCCGAUAAGAUGGUCAAGGCAGGAAUCUCCAUCUUGACUGUCGCGUGGGUUGCCCUUGUUGGCUGGACUGGGCUGUCAUUCUACGCGCCGCGCGGGCGGAAUUCUCAACUCGCAGCCGCCGGGACUGUGUUGUUGGCUGCCGUUGUUUUUGCCCUUUCCUUCAUCGGCCUCAGAGUCAUCUAUACGCUAGUUGCAUUAUGCACGCAGAAACCCUCCUUGAACCCCGUAACAGGGUCACUGGCCAUCCGUGUCGUCCUAAGCUUCUUGCCUGAAGUGAUCGCUACAUUGGCAUUCAUUCUGUCUGGGUUCCAGACAAUCAGAGCACCGCAACUGGCCCGUCUGUCACAGGAGGAUAAUUCCUCUCUCUCUCCAAAACGACGUGCUCAGCCUUGGAUCUAG